GUGGUGAAUGUAACGCCAACUCUUUUCAGUUACCGUUUUAAUUCCGAAAUUAACCGGUGCUAUCAGACACAUUCAAAAGUAACGUACUCUGGAGUUGUAGAACUGGAUGAACUUGAUACUGUAUACAGCAUAAUUUUCGGAUAGCUAGGAUUGGCGUGAAUAAGCAUUUCUGCUUAAAGAAAAAAAACCCGUAAAACUUCUUUUGAGGUUAAAAACAAUGCAGAGGUAAAUGUAGCGCUAUGUAAUGUGUUGUAUGGUUCUUGUGUUGAAGAUUAAAUACAAAAGAACCUGAAGGAGUGUAAUCUAACGAAUGCAGCACGUAGUUGGAGGGGAAGAAGACUUCAUUGCUAACCACAGUUUUUCUCGUACUGGGCCUUAGGUUGCUUUGCUGCUUUGUGGUUCUGUAGAGCUAAGUUGAUGUACAGUGGGACAGCUUGAGAACUAGCAGAAGUAUUUGUAAAUUUAUUUUAAUAAUUUGAAGCUCUUUUUUAAAUGCAAAAUACUGUGUGUUUAAUAGAGGUGUGUUAUGUAUAGGUUUUCUUAGCCGGUGGAAAAACAGUGAAUAUACAGCUCAAUUCUUUCAGCUGAGUUCAGUUGCACCUGUUGUGUAUUUACACUUGAGUUGUUCUUACUUCCUGGCUUGUCUUUCUAGGAGAGUGCACUGAAGGUUUGAGACUACUCUUUCAUAUCAGCAGCUGUGUGACUCCAGCUAAUGCCAUGGACCUCAAGGUGUUUCCCUUAGACUGGUUCUUCUGUGCUGCAGGUCACGAGGAGCAUUCCUAUAUUAAAAAGGAUAGUGAAGACCUUGGCCAUGGGCAUAAUUAAAUUUAACAUAAAUGAUGCAGGUUCACUGAUGGAGCAGUAGUGGAAUUCUUAAGAUCACCACGAUUUUUCUGUCCUGCCUUAAAAUUUAUUUAAAGCAUGGGGUUUUUUUGUUUCCCUUCAGCAGGUGGGAAGAAUGAAAGGAAGGGGGGAUGAAAGGAUGUUGAACCUUUUUGUUUGGCUGUAUGAUGGAAGGAAACAGGACGGAGAACCUCUGCAAUAGAUCAUUGGGAUGGCUUCAGAGACAAGAGAAUGAUGCUAAACCAUGGCUCUGGAAACUUUCUAAUUGCUUUUCUGCUGCUGAGAAGGCUUUGCCUUGUAGUGCGAAAACGAAAGAUUACAUGGAGAACAAGAAAGCUGCUGUAGACUUGAAGGAUGCUGCAUCUCCUCACUCUGGCUCUAAAUUGUUUCCAGCAGUGCCGCUUCCUGAUGUUCAUCCUUUUCAGCAACAGCAAUUACAGCUUUCCCCUGGCUCCAAAGUAAGCUGCUGUGCUCAUGGCUCUGACUCUUCUUGUACUCCACAAAUGCAUUGUGGUGGUGGUGGUGGUGGAAACCUGAUUCACCCUGGCACAGUAUUAGAUUCAAAAAGCACUGGGACAAUAACUUGUCAAGUAGGGUCAGGAUUUGCUUAUCAGUCUGCAUCUUCACUGAAGAACCCUUCAGCUAGAAGCAAUUUGGCAGGAAUUUCCAGUGAAUUCUCUGGCAUGUGCGUAGAAAACAGUGUACCUUCCUGUCAGCAUCUGGCCUGUUGUGGAAAACUCCAUUUCCAGCCCUGUCACGGUAGCGUGCACAAACUGCAUCAGUUCCCAGCCCUGCAGAGCUGUCCAUCUUCUGGCUAUUUCCCCUGUCCCGAGUUCACGAGUGGGGCCGCGGGGCGCUUGGAUGAGCACGUUGCACAGUCGGAGCUGACGUCACGCGCGUGCGCCAACCCUCUGCACCUAAACGUGGCGCCUCCCGUGUGUCUGAAGGGCUCUCACUACUGCACUGACUGCUUGAGCAAGCCAACCAGAAACAGCCUAGUUGAUGCUGCUAAAAUCUGGCCAAAUAUUCCUCCUCCAAGUGCACAGACUGCACCUGUUCCUAUCCCAAUCUGUAAUGGCUGUGGAACCAAAGGAACAGGAAAUGAGAAGAGUUUGAUACUGGCAAGCAGCCUUGGCAAAUCACCACAGAAAUAUGGGUCCCCGGAAGUUGCAAUAACAGGCCAAGUUCUGGAAAACUUGCCCCCCAUUGGAGUCUUCUGGGAUAUUGAAAACUGCUCAGUUCCCACUGGCCGUUCAGCUAUAGCAGUUGUGCAGAGGAUUCGUGAGAAGUUUUUUAAAGGUCACAGAGAGGCAGAAUUCAUCUGUGUGUGUGACAUUAGUAAAGAAAACAAAGAAGUCAUUCAGGAGCUAAACAACUGCCAGGUGACUGUUGCACAUAUCAAUGCUACAGCCAAGAAUGCUGCUGAUGACAAACUCAGACAGAGUCUGAGGAGAUUUGCUGAUACACACACUGCACCUGCCACUGUGGUUCUUGUGUCAACGGAUGUAAACUUUGCUUUGGAACUGAGUGACCUGAGACAUCGACAUGGUUUCCGAAUAAUUUUGGUGCAUAAAAACCAAGCUUCAGAAGCACUCUUACAUCAUGCCCAUGAGCUUAUUUGUUUUGAAGAAUUUAUUUCAGACUUGCCACCAAGGUUACCACUGAAAAUGCCGGCUUGUCAUACACUGUUAUAUGUCUAUAAUUUGCCAACAAACAGAGACAGCAAAAGUGUCAGCAAUCGCCUGAGGCGUUUGUCAGACAACUGUGGAGGGAAGGUGCUGAGCAUUUCUGGAAGCAGCGCGAUUCUCCGCUUCUUGAACCAGGAAAGUGCGGAACGGGCUCGGAAGCGAAUGGAAAAUGAAGAUGUUUUUGGUAACAGGAUUGUAGUGUCUUUCACUCCCAAAACCAAAGAAUUUAGUGAAACAAAAAGCUCCAGUUUUGUGGGAACUGAGAAGGUCAAGUCUCCCAAAAAAAUUAACAAGAACACGAAGCUGUGCCUCCUCAACAAGGACUCGAAUGAUCAGUCUGCUGGUACCAAAGGCUCUGCUGGGAGAGGAUUCCAGAUCCAUGGAUCUAUCAUCAAACCCACAAAUGUCAAAAGUUUACAGGAGCUGUGCCGCCUUGAAUCAAAGAACAUCAGUAGAAAUACUGAAAACCAGCAAGAACGUUUAAGAGAACAAAUUCCUUCUCCUCAGAGUAACUCUAAUGCAGCAAUUUCCAUGUCUCUGGCAACGAAAAAAAUGGGAGCAGGAGACUUGUCCUCCAAAAAUAGUCAGAAAAAAGAGACCUCUGCUUCCAGGAGCAUUACCAAUUCCCCUGUAGAUAAAAAAGAUAAAGAUGAAACUGUAUUUCAGGUCAGCUAUCCCUCUGCUUUCAGUAAGUUGACAGCCUCAAGACAACUCAGUCCUUUACUGAUGUCUCAGAGUUGUUGGUCGUCUCGGAGUAUGUCUCCCAAUCUUUCAAAUAGAUCAUCUCCACUCACAUUUAAUGUAGUGAAUCAUACCAGUGGUACAGACUGCCCUGAUCCUUUUGUAAAUGGUGCAGACAUUCAGAUCAGCAACAUAGAUUACAGAUUGUCCAGGAAAGAGUUGCAGCAAAAUUUACAAGAAAUCUUCUCAAGACAUGGCAAGGUCAAAAGUGUGGAGCUCAGUCCUCACACAGACUACCAGCUGAAGGCCAGUGUUCAGAUGGAAAACCUCCAAGAAGCCAUCAGUGCUGUCAACAGUCUGCACAGAUACAAAAUUGGCAGUAAGAGGAUCCAGGUCUCAUUAGCAACGGGAGCUGCUAGUAAAUCACUCUCUCUACUUAGCUCAGAAGCAAUGUCCAUUCUGCAGGAUGCACCUGCUUGUUGCUUGCCUGUGUUCAAAUUCACAGAAAUCUAUGAAAAAAAAUUUGGCCGUAAGUUAAUUGUCUCAGACUUGUAUAAACUCACAGACACUGUGGCGAUCCGUGACCAGGGAGGUGGGAGGCUCGUGUGCCUCCUGCCCAGCAGCCAAGCCAGGCAGAGUCCCUUGGGAUCUUCACAGUCACAUGAUGGCUCCUCAGCAAACUGUAGUCCAAUAAUAUUUGAAGAGUUGGAAUAUCACGAGCCUGUUUGUAAGCAGCAUUGCCUGAAUAAGGACUUUGUUGAACAUGAAUUUGAUCCAGAUUCUUACAGAAUUCCUUUUGUGGUUUUGUCUCUGAAGACAUUUGCUCCCCAAGUUCACAGUCUUCUACAGACACAUGAGGGUACUGUGCCUUUACUAAGUUUUCCUGAUUGUUACAUGUCAGAGUUCAAUGACCUUGAAAUGGUGCCAGAAGGCCAAGGUGGUGUUCCUUUAGAACAUCUGAUUACCUGUGUUCCUGGAGUUAACAUUGCCACUGCCCAAAAUGGCAUUAAAGUUAUCAAAUGGAUACAUAACAAACCACCACCUCCUACUGCAGAUCCUUGGCUUCUGCGUUCCAAGAGCCCUGUAGGUAAUCCCCAGCUCAUUCAGUUCAGUCGAGAAGUGAUAGAUCUGCUCAAAAGCCAACCAUCCUGUGUCAUCCCUGUCAGCAAAUUCAUCCCAACAUACCACCACCACUUUGCAAAGCAAUGCCGAGUGUCUGACUAUGGCUAUUCCAAAUUAAUGGAGCUGCUGGAAGCAGUGCCUCAUGUGCUGCAGAUUCUUGGCAUGGGUUCCAAACGCUUGUUAACGCUAACGCACAGAGCUCAGGUGAAACGCUUCACUCAAGAUUUACUGAAGCUGCUCAAAUCCCAGGCCAGUAAGCAAGUUAUUGUGAGGGAAUUCUUGCAGGCUUAUCACUGGUGUUUCUCUAAGGAUUGGGAUGUUACUGAGUAUGGAGUGUGUGAACUGGCUGAUAUUAUAUCAGAAAUUCCAGAUACAACCAUCUGUUUGUCACAGCAAGACAAUGAAAUGGUAAUUUGUAUUCCCAAAAGAGAACGUACCCAGGAGGAAAUUGAAAGAACCAAGCAGUUUUCCAAGGAGGUGGUGGAUCUGCUGCGGCACCAGCCCCAUUUUCGAAUGCCCUUCAAUAAAUUUAUUCCUUGUUACCACCACCACUUCGGGCGUCAGUGCAAACUCGCUUACUAUGGGUUUACAAAACUACUUGAACUCUUUGAAGCCAUACCAGAUGUCUUACUUGUACUGGAGUGUGGAGAGGAGAAGAUUCUCACCUUGACAGAGGUGGAGCAGGUGAAGGCAGUGGCUGCCCAGUUUGUGAAGCUGCUGCGGGCGCAGAAGGACAAUUCGCUGCUGCUGGCGGAUCUGCUGCCUGAGUACAGCAAAACCUUUGGCUACGCCCUGCGCCUGCACGACUUCGACGUCAGCUCUGUGCCAGCCCUCAUGCAGAAGCUCUGCCACGUUGUAAAGGUGGUUGACACAGAAUCUGGCAAGCAAAUUCAGCUGAUAAAUAGAAAAUCUCUGCGGACUCUGACUGCCCAGUUGCUGGUUUUGCUGAUGUCCUGGGAUGGAACAUCCUUUCUCUCUGUUGAACAGCUUAAGCAACAUUAUGAAACAGUCCACAGUACUUCACUUAAUCCAUGUGAAUAUGGAUUUAUGACCUUAACUGAACUCCUGAAGAGUCUGCCUUACUUGGUUGAGGUUUUUACCAACGGUGCAGCAGAAGAAUAUGUCAAGCUUACAAAUCUGUAUAUGUUUGCAAAGAAUGUGAGGUCCUUACUUCACACCUACCAUUAUCAGCAAAUUUUUCUUCAUGAGUUCCCAGUAGCAUACAGCAAAUACACAGGAGAAGUGCUGCAGCCUAAAGCAUAUGGAUGCAAUAAUUUAGAAGAGCUCUUGGGAGCAAUUCCACAGGUGGUCUGGAUUAAAGGACAUGGCCAUAAGAGAAUUGUAGUCCUGAAAAAUGAUAUGAAAACUCGUUUUAGCUCACCUAGUUUUCCCCCUGCUGAUCAUGUGGAUGAUCAUGGAAAUCAACUUGCUGACAGUAAUGGACAUAUUCUGGAGACCCAAGGAUCCACUUCAUCAAUGGAAUUAAACCUAGGAAGGCCUAGCAAUGCUUCUAAUCAAACAGAACAAGAACUCCUUUGCCUCACAAAUACAUCUCCUGUCGACUUGCUGUGUGAGCCAGUACCUUCCUGCCUGCCAUCCCCCCAGCUGAGACCUGAUCCUGUGGUUCUUGAGUCUGCAGACCUCAUCCAGUUUGAGGAACGCCCCACACCCCUCCCAGAGAUAAUGAUUUUAACAGAAGAAGAAAAACAAAGAAUUGUUACCACAGCUCAAGAAAAGUUGAUCUCUGGUUCUGUGGUGUCUGACACCACAGAGAAUGCUUCAGUGCCUCCCUGUCAGUCCUCUGAAACCCAAGUAAACAAAGAAGCAACGGACAGCCCGGCCAAAAAGCAACACAAAAACAAGGUCAAAUUGGCAGCAAACUUCUCACUUGCACCUGUAACCAAGCUUUAACUCUUUCUUUUUAGUGUGAAAGACAAAUACCUAUGGACUGUGCACAAAGUAAAGCUGUUUGCUAGCCCAUGUGUAUUUUAAUGGAAAACCUAGAGGAAUUAAUUUGUAUUUAAUGUAUCCUGUGAAGAUUUUGUUCCUUUUACACUGAACACAGCUGUUAGCAGAGCAGAUUUUUUCUAUUAUUUUCAAAAAAAUCUGGCAUUUGUUAAAUUAUUCUUAAAUUUUACAGGUUUUCAUAAAUGUGUUCAGUAAAAGCAAAAUAUUAAUUCAACAAACAUGGAACAGAUUUUAUUUUCUUUAAGCCUUGUUGGUAAUGUAAUCAUAAAUGUAGCAUAUUGUAUUCUAUAGGCUGUUGCUUACUGGUAUUGUUUCAGACAGUAUUAAUGAAAUGCAUGAUUUGUCUUUCAAAAGCCUGUUGAGAAAUUUUAACUCGCUGACCUGGAAUGACAAGAGUGAGGGGAGCUGAUUGCUCUCCAGAGGGGAAACUUGUUCUCUGACCUUUCAGAUGACUUGUAACUGCAUCAGAAAUGCCUGUCUAAAGAUGUCUGUAGAAGAUUAUGUGGGUCUUGUGUAAAACUUGUUUUAAAUGUUUGUUUGCUGUAGCUUUCAGUUCCAUUUAGGAGCUCUCUAGGAUGCUGAUGCUUUAAGCUUCCCUCAUAUUUAGUUUGUCUGGUAUGGGUUUGGUUAAGGAGGAGAUUGUCUUGAUGUCAUGAGUGUAAGAUACAGACACACACAUUUUCAUUGUGUCUAGAAAUGAAGUUAGGAAGAUUCUGAUAUUUCUGAAAUAUGCAUUUAAUGCAUAAAUUACAGAUAAUGGAGCAGGUCUUAUUAAAGUGGUUUGUGAUGGGAGGUAUUGAUGCUAUUUCCACCUGUAAGGAAAGUUCUAGCUACAUGUGGAAAUGCUAAGGUUGUUCUGCUUAACCUUGUUUUCUAUUUUUAAGCAUGUUCAGUAAAUGGGAAGCUCGUUCUUUGAUGUGCUGUCUUUUAGCUGUGUCUGUUUUUAUUCUAAGACUUACUCCUAGUGUUGGAAGCUUUUUGAAUUUGUGGUAUCUUGUGUUGGCUUUUGCAAGGGCCAGCUUUGGGAGAGAGGUUAAGUCAGUGGAUGACCUUAACUCUAGUUAGCAGAAUUGUCCAGUGUGUGAGACUUUAUACCCAUUCUGGGUAACCAUGGCAUUUACAAUGGGUUGUAUUUGCCAGGCAGCAAAUAAAUUGCUUGUAGUCUUGAAAGAACCUAUACUAGAAGUUUUCCACUGGCCAACUGAAUAUUUUUUUUUUUAGAUGGAUUCUAUUGUAAUAUGCAAGAGAUGGAACACAGGCUCUAUUUUUUCAGCCAGCAGCAGGAAAUGCCACUGAACAAUGGCUAUAGACAGAAUUUUACUAGUCAGAUCUUGUUAUAAAAUCUUUUAUAUUUAGGCAAGUAUUACCAGUAGUGAGUUUAUAGCUGUUGUAAGUGCAAAGAAACACUGGGAAGUUUUUCUGAGCAUUAUGGCACAGUAUUUUGAGUCCAUAGUAAACCUCUACAGACAUACUGCUAUAGAAGAAGAAAUUUAGAAGUAAGCUUUCUUGGAAUGUUUUUACUGAGUUAAAUGCAAGAAAAUCUGCUUUCACCUUAAUUUUGAUAAGGUUGACAGUGAUCAGUCUAGAUCUUUGUUUCAGAAGAGAAUGCAUGGGAGAAGAGACCAGCCUGAAAUUGUAUUUUCAUGAGAUGCAGCUACAAGUCAUUUGGAGUACUGAAGAAAACCAGGUUUUUGCUUCAGAGGAAAAUAUGGUAUUUAUCCAAGUAAAGUGGUGGUUAUACCACAUGUGGAGGUCAGCAUAUCUUAUCUGGAUUCAUGUGUGAUUCUGCUGAAAUUGCUGUUUGAAAGUAAUAGAAUAAUACUUUUGAGAAGUUGUGUUCAUAGUGUAACAAAAUAGCUAAUUGAAUUGCAAUAUAUUUUUUUAUCCAAAGGGUUAAACAAAUGAUGUGACUUACAGAUUUAAAAGCUUUGCAACCAUGAAAUUCUUUAUUUAGCAAAUAAAUGUACUACUUCAGAUUCAUGUUUGUUCAAAAGAAUAUGUCACUGAAGCCCUCAAUUUAUGCACUAUUUUUUUUCUUGGAAUGGGAGAGAGAAGAAAGACUUCAUUUCUUAGCUGUCUACCUUGUUUGGACACUUUCUUUUGUGGCUCAAGUGCUGUUUUGUGUGUUGGGACCAAACAGUUGUCAAUAAAAUUUUCAAGCAAGCAUAA